AUGUCUAAUAUUACCCUCUCUUGUCUUAUUCAAGGAACAAGCCUUGAUAAGUAUUUUAAGAUUACUAUCGACAAGAACAAUGACAUUUCUGAUCUUAAGGAUAUCGUUUGGAAUAAAAAUAAGACCACCUUUUCCAACAUUGAUGCUAAUAACCUAAUUCUAUGGAAAGUAAAAAUUCCCAUCAGCGACAAGGCGAAGUUCAAACAACUUGAUUUCACCGAGUCAACUAUUGAGGGCGAUUUGGGUGGUACUAAGAUAAAUGAUGCAUCUGAUGAAAUUAAAGAUGUCUUCGGUAAUUCUCCCGUGAGAAAACAUAUUCAUAUUAUCAUUGGACAACCUACUAUUGUACAACUCACAACUACCACACGCGCGUUGAAUCAAGAGACGCAAAGCUUAGCUAACGAAUAUAAUGGUAGAAGCUUAUUUUCAGAUAAUCUUUUUUCUAAUCGUGAAACAUCUGACAUUUCCAAAAAUGACCAACCCGAUAAGAAAAAUUCUCGUGAAUAUAUUACUAAUACGAGAUCCAGACAAUCAUCACAUAAUAACUCCUUACGAUCUGAAUUUAGACAAGGUUUAAAUUAUGAUGAAACCAAUAUAUUCGGACUUUCGUUAUACAAUCAAAAUAAACAGAAUAGUGGAAUUAAUAAUCGAACUGGAUUUAACCUAUCCGGUCAAUCGCCAUGUACUUGUAAAAUUCUUUUAUUGGGCGGAACUGGAACCGGAAAGUCAACGAUCAUUAAUAUGAUGGCAAAUUAUUUUCUGGAUGGUACUUUAGAAAAUCCAAAAGUCGUUAUUCCAACUAAAUAUUUUGAAGUUACUGAAAAUGCUUUUGGAAGAAAUGAUACUGAAGCGAAAGUUGGAGAUGUAACUAGGAGUCAGACAACAAAAUGUUGCAAUUACGAAUUUAAACAUCCAGAAAAUCCAUCUUGUAAUUUUGUCUUCAUCGACACUCCAGGAAUGAGUGAUACGAAUGGAAUAGAGCAAGAUGACAAGAAUAUUCAAGAGAUUAUUAAUACAGCAAUUGAUGCCGGAUCAUUAACUGCCAUCAUUAUUAUUGCUAGUGGUACCGAAGCUAGAGUAACUCCAACAAUAAAAAAUACUUUAACUCGUCUGGCGAACAAUCUUCCUGAUGAAAUUGUCUCAAAUAAUCUCCUACUUAUUUUAACAAAGUGUACAAAAUCUAGUGCUAGUUUCUCUGAGGAUGUUUUUGCAAAAGAAAUCGCGAAGCCAAAGAAAAUUUUUUAUAUGGACAACCAAAUUUUCUGCGCCGACCCUCAAAUUUGGCUAAAUGAUGAAGAUGAAUAUUCUACCGUUAAACAUCAAUGGGAUAAAUCUUUCAAAACAUUCAGUAAUCUCUUAAAAAUCAUCACAGAAAUGAAUGCUACCUCAACUGAAGCAUUUACAACAAUGAGGGAACUUCGUAAUAAAAUUAAAUCGGAAAUCGUUACAAUUUCUCAAAUCACCACAAAUAUUCAACAAGUACAAGACAAACUUGAAGCCGCCUAUAAAGCUUUGCGGAAAACCGGAGAUCAAAAAAAUUCAUUCGCUAACUAUACAACAACUGAAGAAAUAACAAUUAAGAAACCAAUUCAAAAAGAUACUAAAGACACACUUUGUACCACUCAUAUGAGAGAUGGAACGAUUUGUCAUGAAAAUUGUCAACUUGAGGUUAAUUUUGAAAGUGGAUCAAGUCAUUUUAUUCGUUGUUCUUGUAUGGGACAAGAUGGUAAAUGUAGAAUAUGUGGGUGUGAACCUUCAAGUCACUAUCAUGAUAACACUGAAAUGGUAACCGAAACUAAGACAAUUGAAAAAGUUCUUGAAGAUAUAAAAGCGCAAUAUGACAUGGCCGAUAAAACUCAUAAAAAGAUUAGUAAUUAUGCACACCAAUUCCAAGAAACAUUCGCUAAUCUCCAAGAUCAAGCAAAUGCUAAUUACGAUAGAAUUUUUCAACUUUGCACCGACCUUAGUAAAAUUUGUUCUCGAUUCAACUUUGUUAAUGAACUUCAUGCAAAUAUUGAGAAUAUGCGGAUGGAUGCUAGAAACAUACAGAGCAUCGAUUUACGAAAGAAUGCUGAAUCAGAUAUUAGGAAACUUGAAACUUUUAUUAACGGUUUAUCAAAUAGAAUAAAUAAAUAG